AUGACAGAACUGCAUUCGUUACCGGACUCAGAUUCUGAGGUAAGUGAACCUGAAUACCUUAUGAAUACUAGAGAACGUAGAUCAAAUGCAGGGAAUAAGAUGAGAGCAUUAUUGGAACAAGAGCUUGGUGAAAUGCAAAAGAGGACAGACCAUUUUGAUCAGGAUGAAUUAGAUUUACUAUUUAAAGAAGAUGAAGAAGAUGAAGAUUUUGAUGUACAAUUCAAUGGUAGCAGGAAAUCCAAAUCCGUAGAUGAAUCAGAAACUGAGGUAAACCAAGAUGAAGAUAUGGCAUUCAGUAGUGAUUCCGAUAAUGACGAGGAAACAGUAGAGGAAUCUGAUGAAGAAGCUGCAAUUCUUAAAGAAGAAAAAUUACAACAGAGAAAGAGACAAAAGAGGAAACGUACAGCUAAUAUAAUUAAGAAGAAAAGCAGUACAAAGAAUGAUACAACAUCAGAACAACCGAUAAAGAAGAGACGAUACGAUCCUGUCCAAUUGAAUCCCGAGAGUCUCUUACAAGCUGAAAGACGUACCUCUAAGAGAUCAUCUGUUGUGGCCAACAAAUUGAAAGUUUAUGAGAAUUUGUCACAAGCAGAAGAAAAACGUAAAAUUAUUCAAGAAAGGUUAAGAAAGACAAGAGAGAAAGCUAUCGAACAUAUACUUACACAGGAAGAUAGAAUGCGGAUUGCCCUUGAAACAGAGAAAUUUAAUUUAUUAAGUUUAAACAAAUAUAAAGAAUUAGAAUUAUCUAAAAAACAAUCAAGGUUAGCAUUACAGCAAAGACAAAAACUUAAAUUUAAACCUCAAGAAAUUGUAGAAACGUUACUUUCUACCAGUUGGAAUGUUUCUCCAGAAGUAGAAAUCGAAGACGAAAAAUAUUGGUCUGAAGAACUUAAAAAAAGAGAGAAGAAAAAGAGAAAAUAUGUGAGAAGGGCUAAAAAAAAAGACACUGAGGAUAGCAUCGACCCAAAAGAUACAAAUAACUUAAAUACAAAGAGUAGCAAUUCAUUAGAAGGAGUCGGGCAAAGCGAAACCUUAUCAACUCAACCUACUGAGGGAAAUAAUGAUAUAAAAAAUGUUGCUGAAAAUGCGGAACCAGAUCCUAAGAUUAAAUCUGCAAUUCCUUCAUUGUCUAUAACCUCUGAGGAGACUAAAAAUAAUGAUCAAACCAAGGAGACUCAUCUAGUGACUACUCCAGAAACCGAGAUACAGACCGAAUCUAAUUCUUCACCUAAGCCAGAUAACAAUAUAAGCGAAACAAUCGAAGAAACAAAUGCAUCAAAGACUUUGAAUGAACAAAGCUCUACGAUGCAUGAUUCAAGUAUCAAGUUAUCCGUGAAUAGUCCUGAUGUGGCAAACUCGGAGAAGGGGAAGAAGCAAGUAAGUUUCAAUACAGAACCAAGCAUAGCCAUCAUUGAAAAUGAACCAAACCAUUCUUCCCUAAAAAACGAGAUAUCCCUUUCACCAGGUUCACCUAUAUCAUCGAAUGAGAAUACACCACCGUCUCUGAUAUCUGCUGAAGUAGAUGACGUUGAAGAACCCAAACCAGUAUACCAAGGUCCAGUUCAGCAGGUAUCGAAAAAUUUCAUUACAAAAUUUUCUAUCACUCCUAAUUUAGCUUUUUCAACCGAACUUGAAAGCCCUAAUUUUUUUGACUAUUUAAAUCCUGAUAGGGAUCAACACGUAUCAGAUACAUUUAAACCAUUAAUAAAAUCAAGGAUAUCAGACUCAGACCUACUAUUCGAAACGGACGGUAUUGAAAAUGAGAAAAUUGAACUUGUUCCUAAUCUAGACAUAUUGACAACAUUUCGUAUGUUUGGUGAAUUUGAUAGAAAGUUCGAAAAAGUUCUUAAGGCCACUGAAGUUAAAAAUGAAGAUCUAAAAAUUACCACAGCUGCCCCAAUGGGGAUAUACACCAGCAAUAAUAAUGUCAAAAAGUCAUGUCUCAUCAACAACAGAAGUUGUAAAUAUUUUGACCCCAAGCUGGGCGUACCAUAUUCUGAUUUAACUAGUUACAAGAUUAUUCAAGAUCUUCAGAAUAGUGCAGAAACAAUGGAAUAUCAAUGGUUUGGAUUUAAAAAUGGUGGAAUAUAUCUAAAAGUUAAAGAAAGACAUGCAAGGGGUGUUCCUGAAGGAUUUUAG